UUUGAAAGGCUUUGUCUGGUGUUAUUUCACAAUAAUGAGUGAGUGACUGCUCCUACCUGCAUAGCAUCAGAGCUGUGAUUGUUUUGAUCAUGAUUGUCUGCUACAUCUCCACUGCUUUGGCCUUUGCUGGAUCAGUUUUGGGUUGUAUGACAACUUGCUGUGCCCCUCCUGAUCCCCCUAUGGUGGUUAUUGCACAACCAGGAAUGGGUCCUACUGGCGUGGUGGUCAACCAUUCAUCCAUGCAGGUUGUUGGAGGAGCUCCAAUGGCUUAUCCACAAGGCGCUUAUCCCCAGGGUGCCCAUCCCCAGGGUGCCUAUCCCCAGGGUGCCCAUCCCCAGGGUGCCUAUCCCCAGGGUGCCUAUCCCCAGGGUGCCUAUCCCCAGGGUGCUUACCCCCAGGGUGCUUACCCCCAGGGUACUUAUGCUGGACAGGCCAUGUAUGCAGAUCAAACGGCAAAGACUCACGACAAGGCUCCCUUGGUUGUGUAAACUGUCUGCUUUGAUGACCCAAGUCAUUGUAGUGUCUUGCGUUAGUUUUGUUAUUUAGUUUUUUGUCUAAUAUACUUAUUGUAAGUUUCAGUGCAUAGCUGAUGUCUAACUCUUUGUACAGUCAUCAACUAAGGAAAAACAGCUCUUUUUUCUAUUUUGUCCACGAGGAAAAACUGAUUCAAAAUUUUUAUAUCAGGGAUGAUUCUAGUUCGUGACUGUCGUCCUCCAUCCUUACAGGUGUUGGUGUUUGAAUGUUUGAAUCAACUUUUUUAAAAGUUUUUCAUGAUUCCUUAAGUUUCUUUCUGUUCAUAUGACUGAAAGACGUUUGGGCUUUCCUUUUUCUCAGUGGAAUGUCAGGCGAAGGGCCUCGCCCCAAAUCAUACCAAGGCUUCCUUGUAAAAUGGGACUGUUAUCAGUCAUGCUUAUUGAACACUUAUUUAUCUGAAUGCAGUUGAGUGCAGACGGAUAUUUUUCUCUCCACUGUUUUAUGAUUUGACAAAGUGGGUUCUUUUUUCUUAAUGUUUGUGAUUUGGGACUGUACAACGAGAUUGCUUUUUGGUGAUUUAAGAUGCAGCUGAACAUUUUUCUGUAGCAUUUAUAGAUCUUGGCAUUCUUUUAGACAUUAGCUUGUCAAACAGGUUUCAUUAUGCGUUAGUCAUGUUACAGGGGUUACAUACAUGUUUAGGAAGCUAAAGCUUCUAUGACUUCUGUAUAUUUAAAAACAUAAAUCUGUUUAGGAUAUAGUGUUUUUUUUUUUAGGAGAGGAUCCUCUUUGUUUAGAAAGUUGCUAUAAUUGUACUGGAUAAGUUUAGAUAAGAGUCGAAGAAGUUGAGAUGGCCAGGAAUAAUGAGUGCGGUUUUAAUUGUUGCCAGCAUUUUUUACCACCAGACGAAUGAAACAGCAACCAUCGCGUUAUUCUGAUAACUUGUGUUUUAAUCUUAUCGAGAGAAAGGCUUUACGGUACGUGUGGCAGUUACUAGAUUCAAGUUACAAAAUGUAAAGGUUUUUAGUUCGGUUUCCCUAUGUUAGGUUUUAAAUUUAGCAUAUAUUGCAUGUAUUUUAGUUUUUUUAUAACACGUUUAAAGGAACAAAGCGAGCUUUUAGCGACACUUGAUGCACUGGUGAUAAAAGUUCAAUAAAUCGUUUGUUAACUCGU